AUUCACUCCAUCCACUCCAUUCAUCCAGCCUUAAUUGUCUUGUCUUUCUCCGACUAGUCUCUAGUCGCCUGCGCCGACUACGUACGACAACUGUAUUUUCUCCUUAGGUCACCACCCCAUCACACCUUCCCUUUCCCUUCAUCUACUCUGCUCUUUGUUCUUCAUCUCAUCUCAUCUCUACUUCUGUCAACCACACUCUAUCUAUCCAACUCACUUACUUUACUUUGUGUUCAACAAACAUCAUCCGCUCCUUUCAUUUCAUGUGCAUGACCUAGAUCUCCUCCAUCCUUUCCAUAUCCAUCCACUAUGCAGCUUCGCUCGUGCUUAGUAGGGGGCACUCUGGCCCUCGGUGCCAAAGCCCUGCUGGUUAUCCCCGAAGUUGAGGGCGAGUCUAUCGCCCCCGAAGCCGAUUUGCCUCCCUUCCACCCUCUAGAGGCCUACGCCCCUCAGCAGUCGCAAGUUGAGCUUGCCUGCACCGAAUGUCCUUUCCGUGAAGUUGGUGAGGAUGGAACAGUCAGCUGGACUGAUGGCCACAAGACCUCUCUUACGCUCGAAUUCACCAUCGAAGACGGCUUCCUCCUGGCCAACGGUCGCCAGAUUUUUCCUCCCCCUCCUCCGACCUUGAUCACCGCCGUUCAGCACCGACUCUCCGAUGGUGCAGAGUCCGACCCCAUCGCCGUCGGCUAUGCCGUCGAGGAGAUGCCUAUUCCGACCUUCCCGGAAGAUCCGAUGGAUCUCGUGGAAGUUCGCUUCACAGUUCUCGACCUUGACAGCCACCCAGUUCCCCUCGACACUGUAGCCGUGACCCUCAUCCACGACUCCAACACCGGUGAACUGUUCAUGGCGAAGACCGAAAUUGAAGAAACCACUCCCGACCGCGGCUCCUGGGCCCAGUGCCGUGGCAAGCCCAAGUGCCUCCGCAAGCUUCUGUUCGACCGCAUGCGCUCCUUGUUCGCCGCGGCCAAGGCCCGGAUGCUCGACUUCGCCCCCCGACCUAAGGGCCACCACUGUGGGGAUGCCCACGGAUUCGAUCACGAUCACCCUCCCCACCCUCACCACCACCACGGCGAGCACGGCCAUGGAAAGCCCGACCCCGAGGGCUUCCCCGGAGGUUUCCUGCCCGGGAUGGACGGAAAGGGCCACCAUGGCUUUGAGGGUCAUCACAGCUUUGAGGGUCACAUGGGCAAGUUUGACGGUCCCCAUGGUCAUCACAUGCACCACCACCACCAUGACCGUUUGGCCCACACUCUUCACCGCGUCGUCCGCUUCAUCGUCGUCCCCGCUAUCCUCGGUGUCUUGGCUGGUUUGGCUGCCAGCGCCCUUGGCAUGUUGGUCGGUCAGAUCGUCGUCUUUAUGUGGCAGCGGUACCGCCGCUCUGCUCCCAAGCAGUCCGUCGAGCAGGGCACCGUGUCCGAAAAGCAGGGUCUCAUGACUGAAGCCUCCGACGACUUCCCUCCCGCUUACAGUGACGAGGAAGCCGUGCUUGAGGACGUCUCCGGCAAGCACUGAUUGCGGUUCUCAUGAGUUGCAGCAGAGCCUCUCCCGGUUGGAACGAUCGAAAUCUCGUAUCCCCAUAUGGCCACGAUGUGAUGCUGGGGGAGUAAUGCAGCAAAUUCUAGCAAAUAGAUUGAUAUCAACAAGUCCUCGUCUGUGGUUUUUCCGUUUGUGACAGAUAUAACCUUCGUUCAAAAAUUCCUUUCCUUCUUCGUCCUGCAGGUGUCUUAGCGGUGAUCUUGUAUUUGGUCUUGAGUCUGUCCAAAGCAGGUCUGGACUUUUAGGAUGUUAGUCUUUAGUGUAGCAACUAUCCUUUUCUUUAA